AUGGGGGUGCCCGUGCCCGGUGCCAACGGCCGCUUGGGCGCUCUGUGGAAGAGGCUGAGUCGCGGCUUACGACCCUUUAUUCAAACCAAGGGCGGGCGGCAGAGCUGGGACGAGAUACACCUGCUGCAUCUGAAAAGGAUCUGGGAAUCUCCUUUUCUCUUGGCUGCCAAGGAGAACAAUGUUCAGGGUCUUAGGAAAUUAAUCCAAGAUGGUUCUUGUGACAUUUAUCAAAGAGGAGCGAUUGGGGAGACGGCUCUCCAUGUAGCCACCCUCUAUGAUUGUACAGAAGCUGCUGACUUUCUUCUGGAAGUCGCUCCAGAACUCAUCAAUGAGAAAAUGACAUCAGCACUUUAUGAAGGACAAACAGCACUCCACAUUGCAGCAGUUAAUCAAAAUGUUCAUUUAGUGCAAUGUCUGCUGAAGAAGAGGGCUCACAUUUCUACUCCUCGAGCUACAGGACACUUCUUCAGGCGUAACUCCUCACAUCGCUCUUAUUUUGGGGAGCAUGUUUUAUCUUUUGCAGCCAGUGUGGGCAAUGAGGAGAUUGUUCAUCUAUUAAUUGAAAAUGGAGCUGAUAUCAGGGCACAAGAUUCUCUAGGAAACACGGUUCUUCAUAUUCUAGUUCUUCAGCCGAACAGGACAUUUGCAUGCCAGAUGUACAAUCUCAUCCUUUCCUAUGACAAACAAGAAGGGAACUUGGAACCGUUGGACUUGAUUCCCAACAAUGAAGGUCUUACUCCAUUCAAACUGGCUGGAGUUGAGGGUAACACUGUGAUGUUCCAGCAUCUUUUGCAAAAGCGUAAACAAAUAAUGUGGUCUUUGGGACCUAUUACUACCAUUCUCUAUGACCUUACAGAAAUUGAUUCCUGGGGUGAAGACCAAUCUUUUCUGGAACUUGUUGUAUCAACAAAGAAAAGAGAGGCUCGCCGUAUCCUAGAUAUUACUCCCGUGAAGGAACUUGUGAACCUGAAGUGGAACACAUAUGGGCGUCCUUAUUUCUAUUUCCUGGCUCUGUUUUAUGUCCUCUAUAUGAUUUGCUUCACCAUGUGCUGCGUUUAUAGACCACUGAAAAAUCGCUCAGAUAAUCAAACGGAUGAGCGGGAUAACACCGUCAUGGUGCAGAAAACAUUGCAGGAAUCAUAUCUGACAUAUGAGGAUCAACUCAGGCUUGUGGGAGAGUUAAUUACAGUGAUAGGAGCCAUGGCAAUUUUAUUCCUAGAGAUUCCAGAUAUUCUAAGAGUUGGAGCCACAAAGUACUUUGGACAAACCAUCCUGGGAGGACCUUUUCAUAUAAUAAUCAUCACAUAUGCCUGUGUGAUCCUGAUAACCAUGAUAAUGCGACUGACCAGCACAGAAGGAGAAGUGGCCCCUAUGUCCUUUGCCCUGGUGUUGGGCUGGUGCAACGUCAUGUACUUUGCACGAGGAUUUCAGAUGCUUGGGCCUUUUACCAUCAUGAUACAGAAGAUGAUAUUUGGUGAUCUUAUACGUUUUUGUGGGCUAAUGGCCGUUGUCAUAUUUGGCUUUGCCUCAGCUUUCUACAUCAUCUUUCAGACAGAAAAUCCAAGCAAUCUGGGACAAUUCUACAAUUAUCCCAUGUCUCUCUUCAGUACAUUUGAGCUCUUCCUUACCAUCAUAGAUGGACCAGCCAACUAUGAUGUGGAUCUGCCAUUUGUGUUCUGCAUGGUGUAUGCUGCUUUCGCUAUCAUUGCUGCUUUGCUCAUGCUCAACCUGCUCAUUGCCAUGAUGGGUGAUACUCAUUGGCGAGUAGCCAAUGAACGGGAUGAGCUUUGGCGAGCACAGGUUGUUGCUACUACAGUCAUGCUUGAACGGAAACUCCCGCGAUGUCUUUGGCCUCGUUCUGGUAUUUGUGGCCAAGAAUAUGGGUUAGGAGACAAGUGGUUUCUCAGGGUGGAAGAGCGUCUGGAUAUCAGCAAGCACAAGAUGUUACGCUAUGCAGAGGCAUUUAAAAACCAAGAAAAAGAGGAUUAUGAUAAGUAUUCUGGGAAACUAUACCAACCCGAACCUUUCCGAUUCAAGAAAGAAACAUCUCCAUCGGUCUCACGAAGCACUACACGAAGUAGCUUCCACCGUGGCUGGCAAAUCCUGCGGGACAACACUUUCAGCCACCUUCGUGGGGAAGUAAAUCAUGCUUUGGAAGAAGAAAUUUAUCAUGUCUGAUAUGCCUCUUGAAUGACUGAUCACAUUACUGGUGCUUUGUGCUGCUUCACAAAUUCUUCCAGUAGUUGGUGGGAUCUGGGGGCAGUGAUCUCAGGAUUCAGGAUGACUUCAGUCUUCAGUUCAGAUGACUUCAGUUCUCUGAAGGACCAACUCUGCAGAAAAUUUAGAUUAAAACAAGAAAAACCAGCUAACUUCUAGCAUUCCAGAAACAUUUUAAGAGGCUGAGUGUCAGUUCCACCAAAAGGAUUGAAAAAAAGUUACUGUUUUUUUAUAUAGGACUCCAAUGCACUUUAAGUUAAAUAGGUGACAUGGAAUUUUAUCCCAGGUACAAUUUUUGUAGUCAAUAUGAUCGGAUUUCUUUUCUUGGCUGAAUUGAAUUCCGCUAAUGUUUCCCGUGUGGAAAGGAAUAAUGAAAAGGUUUACAAACUUAAUUGUAUUAGGUUGUUCCUCUGUUUAUUCUUGCUGGCUUGGAAUCAAACCUGUUACUACUCUUGACCUGUUUGACUGCUACUAUACAGGACCAGAAUUUUGCUUAGAGGAAAUCUAAAAAUAAAACCCUAAUUAGCUAAAACCCUAACUUUAAGUCACCUUAGUAGCUGAACUUCCCAAAAGUAUUCUGUUUCCUUAAGAAGGCAUCAAGAUUGGUUUAAAGUGGAAUAUAAUACUAAACAUUUUUACUCAGCCAAAAACAACUGCAAUUAAUUUGAGUGAAAUGUUUCAGAGGGCUUCUUUUCGCAGUCUCUACUUCCAAAGUAGUGGUUCAGGGAUGGCCUUUCCUACAGAUCCAACUUGAAAAGAUCAUUUUUCCAAAUAUAAAGUGAA